AUGGAUGACAAUGAGCCCCAGUCACUCGAACAGAUUGUGGACGGGCUGGGCAGAGCGUAUGAUGAGAAUGAUGUAAGUUACGACGAGGAUCAGCAGCUCUACGACGAGCGCACUAGGGAGGAGCUCGAGUAUGAGGGCAUGGGAAGCUUUCUUGAUGAGAUCCUUGCAUCUGGUAUGUUUCCAUUGGAUACAGCACCGCGAGCAACCGAUGCCGAUAAACUGCAAUUUGCCAUUGAUACAAUCAGAGGUGGACACACAAAUGCGCAAGCACAGCCGCCCAACCCGCCGGCUGGGAGCGCGCAGGAUUCGCACCUUCAGCCAUACAUUCACAUUUCAAGAGGCAACGAGUUUGCAGAUGUCAAUGAUGUCUGGCAUUUUGCAAAAGCAUUUCCAACACUAUUUCCGUUCGGUUUCGGUGGGCCACGGUGCAAGGAAGAGAUGGAAUCGGAGCUGUGGAAGAACAGUCUCCAGCUCACAGGGCGUAUCCGUAAUAGAGACAGUAUUGGAGAGGGUGGAGAGGAUGCGAUUUCGCCAACACGUAAUCUCGGACUUCGCGCAUGGAUGAAGAAAGUGCUGCAACGGCAUGGUGGUCGCUUUGCCAAUCAUCCGGCGUUUUCAUUCCUAGUAUUCAACAUAGAGGUUCGGUCUAGGAAUAGAGGAGUAAGUAUGGUGAGCGUGCGGCGGAACGAUUUUCCCGAGGUUGAGAGAAUCAUUCAGUCGUUAACACUAGAGAGGCUGGCGAAAGUACAAAAGGAGUUAGAGGCGGGCGGGAGCACCCGAGAUGAAGAUAUCAAAAAGCUCCUGCGAUACAUCUCAUACUUUGGCUACAAACAGGCCAUGUCGCAGGAGUCGCGGCUAGCCAUGCGCAGAAAGAUUAAAGCGCUCAUCAUCAGAUACGGUAUACCGGCGAUUUGGUUUACGCUGAACCCUAAUGACAUUACGAACCCGGUAAAACUACGUCUGGCGGCAUACCAAAAGGAGGACAAGGCUGGCGCGGAAGCAACCCUGCUUCGGGCCCUUCAGGAUAGGUAUGAGAGAGUGAAGCUGGCGAUAACUGACCCCAUAAGCUCUGCCAUCUUCUUCCACCGCGAAGCAGAGAUGUUCUUUGAGCAUUACGUCAAGGUUGGGGAGGAAUCUGUGUUUGGUCAGAUUGGACAGUAUUUCGCCGCUGUCGAGACCAACGAACGCGGUGCUCUUCAUGUCCAUGGUUUGCUAUGGCUCGAGGGGAACUUGGAGCUCGGAAACUUCAUCGGUGCUCAUGGAAACGGGGAGGAUGAUGAGAGUGCGGCGAUGGAACGGGAAGGAAUCCUGAAAUAUGUCGAUUCUGUCUUUACCGAGGAUCUGGACGAAUCUGCUGCCUUUAGCGAGGAGAGCGAGGCUAGGGUAGUUUACGACAACAUAUCCCACCUGAUGACCGAUGCAGGGCGCUUCUCUGAACAGUUUGACGACGAAGCCCACUUUUGCGCGGGCAGGGUCCAGAUGCAUGUCCACACCGCAACUUGUGUCAAAUACUCUCACAUCAAGGAGGGAGAAAAGAAGCCCACGUGUCGAUUCCAUGCGCCUUGGAAGCUCUUUACAAAAAGCGAAUUUGGUGCGGAUGGCAUACUUCGGCUUCAACGCUCACAUCCCAUGAUCAACCGAUGGAGCAAGCCAAUGGCGGUUGGGUUGCGGCACAAUCACGACAUCUCCUUCAUCGGAACCCAAAGCAAGACAAUGGCGCUGAUAUACUACUUGACAAACUACGCCACAAAAAUCCAAGAUCCGAUCUGGAAGAGAGUGGCCAUAGCAGCAGAGCUCUUUCCGAGUAUCAGCACAACCAGCGCCGUCGGGCUAGGUGCAACAACUGCAAACUACGAAGCCAAGGCAAAUAUAAACCGCCAGUAUCUGAUGAGAAUCGCAAACCGAAUAUUCACCGAGCGGCCAUUAUCGCAGGUGGAGGUGAUUGCGCACUUCCUGGAUUACCCAAGUGAGUUCUCGAGUACCAAACAAUGGUCAUAUGUGAAUAUGACAACGCUAUACUGGGCAAUACUCCGACGCUGGCAGUAUCUCCAGCGAUGCAGUAGCACUUUAGGCGACGACGAUGAUCGACCUAUCGAGAACAUAGGUGGCAAUGGCAACGGCAACGACGCGGAAGCCAGCGCGGAGAGGGUCUUGGUGGGAAGCGAUGGCAAGAAGCUACCAUACAUUGAAGCCUACCACCACCGUGGAGAGGUGCUGCAGACAUUAUGCUUCUACGACUACGUGUCGCUUGUUAAAUUACAAAAGAGGAUAGAUUCAUCUUACAAGGAGUUGGUGAAGAUAGAAUUUGAAAGGAACUGGAAGCCGGGAAGGGGCUGGGUGCAGGUUCUAAGACCCCCGGGGAUGUAUGCAGUGCCAUGCAUCAACGGCUUUCUCGAUAUGGACUUUGAUAUUGACACAAACACAGACAGAUGCCGCAGAGCCGCAGUACAGCACCUCGCACUCUUUGUGCCAUGGGAGAAGUUCACUACAGCAGCAUCAGGCGAUAUUAAUGAAAUCUGGGAACAUUGGAGACGGCGACUCCCCAAAAGACUCCAGACUAUCGCAGGCAACAUCCAGCUCUUGAAGCGAUCAGCGGAAGAUGCGCGGCGAGAUGCAAAGCAGUGGGCGGCUGCGGGGGACGACGCCGUUUUGGAUGAUAUCGACGCUAUGGGGUAUGAUCUCCAAGAUCCUACAGGCCCAGUAAAAGCAUAUCGCCCAGACCAGGUUGGCCAGCUUUGCCGACUGAUGGAGACAGUACUGGGUGCCACAGCCCCCAACCAGGUGACCGCUGGUUCGGAGUCUCUCGUUAAGCUGCUAGAUCAGCUCCGCGAAGCCCACGCAGAUAUCACCGACUUUGCAGAUGACCUUGAGACUGUCGCUCCCGCAGAGAGCCCUGAGCAGUACCAGCCAACUAUGGUAGCCAGGAGCGAGCUCCCAAUGCAACAUCAACUCAAGGGGAUUAAGAGCAAGCAGGGCAAAGCCGACAAGGAAAUUGUGCAAAGAAUCCAAGGCUCUGACGGAAUUCAGGAUACUCAGAACACGGCUGCCGGCAGAGAAGCAUUAUUGAACCAUACUUUUGCGGGUGCAGGAGAAGAUAGCAUAGAGAUAUCGGAAACAGACACCGGGAACACUUAUGGACCCAGCACUAGGGUCGCUUUUGGACCGUCAACCACAUUCCUCCAUGCCGGUCGGCAGAUCGCAAGCAGGCUCACCCUGAACGAGCGGCAGGAAAUUGCCUUCCUUUUAGUGUGUCGCCAUCUCGACACCAUCCCGGACGAAGAUGACAGCGAUGAUUUCGAUAGCAGUAAUGUCGAGAACAAUGAUAACGCACAACUAUGCGAGUUCCUGGGUGGGGAGGGCGGCACUGGGAAGUCCAGGGUCAUCGAGGCGUUGGCGGAAUUGUUCGCUAGCAAAGACAUAUCGCACAGGCUGCUCAUGACGGCGACAUCGGGGGCCGCAGCAGCGCGGAUCAACGGCGUGACUAUUCACUCCGCCUGUGGGAUGCAACCCAACGCAUCCGACAGCAAUGCCGACGAUGGCAGCACGGUAACCUACGUGGACGGUGAUGCCCGAAGAAGAUGGAGAGAAAAGUGGCUGCUCAUCAUUGACGAGGUGAGCAUGCUGGGCCUCCAGACGCUCUCCAACAUCAACAAGCGACUUUGCGCCUCCCGAGGAUCGAAUCGAGAUUUUGGCGGCAUCCCAGUGGUGCUUCUAUCAGGAGAUUUCCACCAAUUCCGCCCAGUGCAAAACAAGUCGCUAUUGACGCCAUGGUCCGCCCUCAGGAUUGCGGACGAAGUGAGGGCGCACGCACUCUGGGCUCGAUUUACCACCGUCGUUAUGCUCACCGAACAGGGGCAGCAAGACGAGUCCGACAUGGAGCUUCUUAAUAGCCGGUGCUUCCAGGAAGGUCGAGCCAUACCAUGGGGCAAGGGCAUCACAGUAGUUACACCCCUCAACAGCACCAGAUGGUGCCUGAACAUGGAUGCGGUCUUGGCCUUCCAGAGGCACCACCAGAAGCCACUCCGGAUAUUUCUACCCCAGCACCGUUGGGGUAAGCCCAAUACAUUGCCGGUAACGGAGGAAGAAGCUACGCUUAUGGCCAGCGUCGGAGAUGACAGCAAGAUCUGUGUGCCGGCCACGUUCAUGUUCGUGCCAGGUAUGCCGGUUGUGGUGACCAUGAAUAUAAACCCAGGCCUCAAGCUCGUGAAUGGCGCCAAGUACACAGCGCUAGAAGUUAUACCAGACAGCAAAAGAUUCCCAGGCUAUCAACUCGCGCCGAAUAUCAUCCUCCACUUUGGACCACCUGCCGGCAUCAUCCUGUCGUCCGAGUCAACCAAGAAGUUCGAAUUUGAUGAAAUGCCACCAGGCACAAUCCUGCUUACUCCAACGAGUGCCCAAAUACCGAUCGAAAAGAAGAAGAGGGUCAAGAAGAGGCCUUGGCAGAGGCAUAAUGUGAGCCGCCGAGGACUUCCCUGCACUGCGGCAUUCGCAUGCACCGAUUACAAAAUCCAAGGCGAAACCCUCCUCCAAGUUGCGCUGGAGCUGCGAGGAACCGGAACAAAGCUGAAUACCAAGACUGGACAACUCGAGGCAGGAAAGUGCGAUCCAUAUAGCCUGCGCGUGUGGAGGAUAUAG